AUGGAGCCAGGAAAAGAAGGAGCACUCCCUACUUCCAAAGAGGGGAUAAAACAGCUCGCUGGGAAGGCCCUCGGCCAUCUGUACAGGCGGCUGGAGAAGAAGCAGCAGACGAGUGAGGCCAUCGAGCUGACGGAGGAUGGGAGACCUCGCGGAGACGAGGAGCGCCGCGCUCCGCUGUGUGACUGCACCUGCUUUGGGCUGCCACGGAGAUACAUCAUCGCGAUCCUCAGCGGCCUCGGCUUCUGCAUCUCCUUUGGGAUCCGCUGCAACCUGGGUGUGGCCAUCGUCAGCAUGGUCAAUCCCCGCACGGUCCACGAGAACGGGAAAAUCAUCGUCAAGGAGAAAGCUAAAUUCAACUGGGACCCUGAGACUGUGGGGAUGAUUCAUGGAUCCUUUUUCUGGGGGUACAUCGUCACUCAAAUACCAGGAGGCUACAUUUCUUCAAGAUUAGCUGCUAACAGGGUUUUCGGUGCUGCCAUUGUGCUUACGUCUACCUUGAACAUGUUUAUUCCAUCUGCUGCCCGAGUGCACUACGGGUGUGUCAUCUUUGUGAGGAUAUUACAAGGACUGGUGGAGGGAGUAACCUAUCCAGCCUGCCAUGGCAUCUGGAGUAAAUGGGCACCACCGCUGGAAAGAAGUCGGCUGGCAACUCUGUCCUUCUGCGGAUCAUAUGCUGGAGCAGUGGUAGCCAUGCCUCUCGCUGGGAUCCUGGUGCAGUACACGGGAUGGUCCUCUGUCUUCUAUGUGUACGGGAGCUUUGGUAUUGUAUGGUACAUGUUUUGGAUACUGGUGUCCUACGAGAGCCCUGCUGAGCACCCCACUAUCAGUGAAGAAGAGAGGCGCUACAUUGAGGAGAGCAUUGGGGAGAGUGCACAGCUUAUGGGGGCCAUGGAGAAAUUUAAGACACCCUGGAGGAAGUUCUUCACCUCAAUGCCCGUCUAUGCAAUCAUCGUGGCCAACUUCUGCAGGAGCUGGACAUUUUACCUGCUCCUCAUCAGCCAGCCUGCCUACUUCGAAGAGGUAUUCGGCUUUGAAAUCAGCAAGGUUGGGGCUCUCUCUGCUCUUCCUCACUUGGUUAUGACGAUUAUAGUGCCACUGGGAGGACAGUUAGCCGAUUAUCUACGCACACACAACAUCAUGUCCACCACGACGGUCCGUAAAAUUAUGAACUGUGGAGGUUUUGGGAUGGAGGCUACACUUCUGUUAGUGGUGGGUUACUCUCACAGCAAAGGAGUCGCAAUAUCCUUCUUAGUUCUAGCUGUGGGCUUCAGUGGUUUUGCAAUAUCAGGUUUCAAUGUUAACCACCUGGACAUUGCUCCUCGCUAUGCCAGUAUCCUGAUGGGCAUCUCCAAUGGUGUGGGCACUUUGUCAGGGAUGGUCUGUCCUCUUAUAGUGGGGGCCAUGACUAAAAACAAGACCCGGGAGGAGUGGCAGUAUGUCUUCCUUAUUGCCUCCCUGGUGCACUAUGGUGGCGUUGUAUUUUACGGUAUCUUCGCUUCGGGUGAGAAACAGCCCUGGGCCGACCCCGAGGAGACCAGUGAGGAGAAAUGUGGUUUUAUCGAUGAAGACGAGCUGGCGGAGGAAACCGGAGACAUCACACAGGGAUACGGUGCUAUGGCAGGACCAGCUAAAAGCUAUGGAGCGACUGCCCAACUCAACGGCGGCUGGGUACAGGACUGGGACAAGACUGAGGAGUACGUCCAAGAACCAGCGCAAAACAUGUAUGCAGAGGGAGGCUAUUCUUAAAAAGGUGGUGAGUCAACCUAAAUGGAUUGCACAGAUGAAUAUAUAAUUAGCUGUUUAAAUUGUAUCAAAGUACCUAUGACUAGUUCAAAUGCCAGUGUAAACAGAUGCGUAGUUAGUUGCAAUGCAGAACAAUCCCAGUUAAUUAGAGUUAUUAUCAUUAUAUCUACUGUAUAUAAUAUAGUGUAGUAGUAGGAAACUGCAGGCUACAGUGCCAUGGACGCUGUGAUUUCCCUGUGUUGCUUUUGGGUCCGUUCCUGCUAAAGACAAGUCACCUUAUUAUUAUAUCAGAAGUCUGCACAAUAGCAUUUAAUAAAGUCAUAUUCUUGUGACAUGUAUACUGAGGUAGUGCCCAUUUCACCAUUUGCGUUAUAUAGAAUAGUACUGCAUAGGCCCACAUAGCUGCCAGUGGUUUAGAGAUGUUUUCUUAAUGCUAUAAAUAUGCUUCCUGGCACUUCUUUUUGUGUUAGGUUCGAGCAUUUUGUGUAGUGUAGUACUUAAAGCACAGACUUUUGACAUUAUAAUAGGACAAUGGAACUAUUUUUGGCAGGGAUUGUCCUAUAGAAUGAUAUAGAUGAGAUAUUCCUGGUUCAGCAGUAACAUAGAAAUUCCCAAACCUCAUUGAAGUACUUGAACAACAUGCACCAGGAAACACUGCAGUUGACUAUCACAUCGGGUCUUACCACUUUGAUUGCACUCAGAUAAAUAUAAGUAUUCAUAAUCUAAAAAGAAGACUAUUCCGUUUCUCAAAUGCGUGUAUGUACUGUAUAUAUCUGUAUACUGUUUCUGUGAGACUAUUGUGCACUUGGGUCGUUGAUCUGUGUUUAACAUGAAUAUAAAAAGGCCAUAUUUUUCAUGGACAGAACCUUUUCAGGGAGAUGUCUGCUUGCAAAAAAGGCCCCUAUCUCGUGAUCGAGGCCUAUAAAUAAAGUAUAAUAUCAAAAUAGCGUGAGUGCUGUUGAACUGUAGAGUUUUAGUGUGUGUUUGUUGCAUGAAGUUGCUCAAAUUAAUGUUGACCAUUGACAGUCCAUACAACAUACUGCAAUGAUAUCUGAGUGUCUUCUGCCAAUAUAAAUAAUAAUAAAUGAAACUCCUAAAAAUCAGGUGAUGGUUACAGACCAAGAGAUGAUUGUUUUUAAAACAUUGUUGAAUUGAUGUUCGGUGUGCAUUGCAAUAAUUUCUGUGAACCAGCUGCCAAUCCAUCACACCAUAUUUUGCAAUGCCUUGCUGUAUCUAACUGUAAUUGUUUUGAAGUCAUGUGAUGAACAACAUUUAAGUGUUUUAUCAAAUACUAUUGUCUGAAGUCGAUUGUGCUCCCAAUGGCCAGACAUGGUAUUGCAUUUGACAGCAAGAAUGCAGUGUACUGUAUUUGAACAACCAGGUUUUUGUGCUUUAUUGGUGUUUUUCAUUGUCACCAACUUGAUUGCCUCUUUGAUAUUGUCAAACUUGAGUGAACCAUGUUAAUAGAUGGCUCUUCCACCUUGAUUUCUAUUUGCUCAAAUUUGUUGCUGCAAGGAUAUUUAAAAAUAUAAGAAUAUUACGAAUGUUUAUGAUGACCAAACAAUGCUUUAUUGGCUUUGUGCCUCGAGUUUAUGUAAAACAGACA